CACUGCAAUGUGUGUACGCUUUCAUCUCCUCUUCUCCUCUCUCUCAACCUCUUUUUCAUCACCCUCUUUUUCUCUUUAUCUUUUUCUCGCCACCACUCUGUAUCGGCACGAAACAAACUGGCAGGACCAGACUGACUUGUUGAUCAAGCCCGUGCCACAUCUUCAACAUUACCUUCCAUCAUCUAUUUACAUCUUAGAAGACUCUCUGGUAGACUUCAGACAUCAAGACAAAAAGGCUGCAGGCAGCUGUUUCGGUCAUCAAUAACCAUCUUCCCAUUUGUGUCCCCCUUUGAGAUUGAUCCUUUAUCCUCUCCGGUAGUUGGAUAUUUGUUCUCUCAUCUCCACCUUAUUUAAAAGAACCGCAAAGGUUCAAAUCAGACCAACCUCACCCUCUCCCCCACAAUAAAGAUGAUCGCCCCCUUGCUUCUCCUCAUCCUUCCCUUCGCACUCGCUAACCCCGUCCCCACAUCUUCCCCUGCCACCUCAAUCGCUCCUGCUCCCACGUCACCCCCUGUUGCUCGAGGAUUUUCAGCUAGUCUCUCACAUGGCCAAGGCGCCGUCGCUCGUGCUAAAGCUUAUGAGAAGGCAAAGUCCAAGCGCGGCUUCUUUUCUCGAGAUGUAGAGAUGGAUGACGAGGCUCUGCCUCCUAGCUGGUUAUUAUGGGCAGGUGCCAGGGUGGAUACAAAAUACAAUGAAGGAAAAGGAGGAUUCGCCGCGGCAUACGCUUCGGCACUGAGCAAGAGAGCUAAAAAUGGGGAGGUCACGUUGACUGAUCACAGCUUGGAUACGUCCUACUCUGCAUCUAUUAGCGUCGGUACUCCUGCUCAAACACUCAACAUCGUCCUGGAUACGGGAUCUUCUGAUCUAUGGCUUGCUUCAACCGAGUGUGACACCACUGCUUGUGAGAGCAUGGACAGAUAUAAUCCUUCCGACAGUUCCUCCAGUAUCAAUCUCACCACUAGUUUCUCAAUCGAGUACGGUUCUGGUUCUACCUCUGGCUCCCUUUUCCAGGAUCUCAUUACCCUUGGCGGUUACUCGGUGGCUUCCCAGACCUUUGCCUCAUGUGACGAUGUCAGCUCUGGUCUGUUGAGUAGCGGUGUCAGCGGUAUUAUGGGUUUGAGUUGGCAAGCUUUGGCUUACUCCAAAGCUACUCCAUGGUGGAUCACUCUCGCCAAAUCCUCUAGUUGGUCUGACCCUUUAUUCGCAUUUUACCUUGCAAGAUACCGAAAUGUUGCAGGUGCAAGUGCUACUGAAAGUGACGGUGGUGUCGCCAACUUUGGAUAUCUCGACUCCUCCAUGUACUCUGGCGAUGUCACCUACGUAAAUGUCGGUGAUAAUGCUCAGUAUUGGCAGAUUGAGAUGGCUUCUGUGACAAUCCAGGGCUCUUCAGUCUCCCUCGGUUCAUCCAACAUGGCGGCUAUCGACACUGGUACGACUCUUAUCGGUGGUCCCGAAUCUGUUGUUGCAUCUAUCUACGCCAAGAUCUCUGGGUCUCAACGCAUGACUGGUUCUUACUCUUCUUACUACGAGUAUCCUUGCAACACUUCGGUAGACUUUGAAAUCACUUUUGGCGGUUACACCAUCAAAAUUACCGAUCAAGAUUUCAACCUUGGCCGAUACUCUUCUGAUGAGACCAUGUGCACCGGCGCUGUCUACAUCCAGACCCUUUCGUCAAGCUCGCCUGUACAGUGGAUCGUCGGUGAUGCUGCGUUGAAGAACACCUAUACCGUCUUCAGAUACAGUCCCGCUGCUGUCGGUUUCGCUGAUCUCGCUAGCGCAGUAGCCAGCAGUGAGGCUGCCCAGUCUACCACCAUCGUCGACGCUUCAUCUCUCCUUGCUGCGGCGAGCAGUACUGCAAGCACGUCGGUCUCUGCAUCCACUUCAUCGUCCAGCAGUGUCGCCGCUGCUAGCACCAGUAGCGCGAGGACCGCGCAGACCAAUUCGACCGCUUCCGUUUCUUCUGAGGCUCCUCAUGUUGUCACUGUCAGCGAUUCCAGCACUAUUGGUGUGGCUUCUGGCUCUGAAGCAACAGCUUCAGCUUCUGCCACUGAUACUUCAAGCGGCGCUUUGCCUGCCUUGGGUGGUGGUAGCAAGUGGUUGGCGAUCUUUGUGGGUGUGGCAGUCGGCGUUUUCGUGCUGUAAGAUAGGGAAUUUGGGGUAGAUAUCUCAUGUUGUUCAAAACUUUUCCAUCUUCAAUGUUAUCAAGGGAUAACCUCCAUCUUCAUAUAGUUCUUUUGGACACAUCCGUUGCCUUUGCGCGUUUACGUAGUGCUUACAUUUGCAACGUUCUCUGUUGGUUGUCAAAUUUGCUUCUUCUGCUUCAUAUAGACUGUACCGACAUCUUCUUGCAUAUGCAUCUCUUUUACUGCG